UGCUUUUUCAUUUAGAAAACUAAACUUUAGUAAUAUGCUAUUUAAAAUUUUGUAGUAUGCAAUUCAAAAUGAUUAAUUGGAUAAUUGGUCAAAUGUGCUACGAAACUGCUGUUGUGUGUUUUAUUACGCGACUUCCAUGUAUUCACUAUGCUAACUUCAAUAUUGUCUCAAAUUGGUAUUUUAAAGGAGACGUUUUUAAAAAGUGGUUUUCAAUAUCAAAAGAAGAAUGUGGAACAGUUUGUGUGACAAAUUCUUUAUGUGUUGUAGCUAAUUAUAAUGCAGACGAAAAUUUAUGCGAAAUAAUUUCAAAAACACAACUGCAAGAGCAAAGACAAGGAUGGUAUUUACUGAUGACAAACACAACAAGCGAUAUAAAUAUUGGUCCGUUGUGUGAGCAAAGUAAUCUAUGCAUGAGUAACGAGUGGUGCAGAGAUGUUUGUGGUCAAAAUAAUCUUCAUACCUUCAAUUGCCUGAAUAUCAAAAACGUAGCCAAGCGGAGCAAAGUAUUUCAAUCUUCGACUUAUAGUUAUACUAAUCGUCCUGAAAUGGCGAUUGACGGCGAUUUACAAACGGCAUCUUGCACACAAAUGGAUCCUAUAAACUGGUUUAAAUUAGAUAUGCUAUAUGUAUAUAAACUUGUCAAAAUCAAAAUCAUUAAUAGACUAGUUUAUCCUGAACGACUUGCUGGUUAUAAAUUGAUGUCAAGUACAAACGAUGAAAAUUAUGAACAUAUAGUAACAUUAAGUAGAGACUGGCAGCAAACUUAUAACUGUUCGAAUAGUGCUCGCUUUAUUAUGGUUUCCAAAGUUCCUGAUAAUAACCAAUAUCUUAACAUUGCCGAGAUUGAGGUCUGGGUAUAAAUUAAAGAUUACUUGAGAUGCAAAUUUAAAACUGUUUUAGACUAAUGAUGUUUAACUAAUGAUGUUUAAAAUAUUCAAGCUUGAAAUUAUGACCAAAUUGAACACUAAAAAGUAUAUUAAUAAAAUAUAAAAAA